AUGACUGAACAGUUGGUGUUUGCAUUAAUUGUCGCGAUCAGGAAAUUGAGGCCUUACUUUCAGUCUCACACGGUGCAAGUAAUGAUUGACCAACCUAUCAAGCAGAUUCUACAUCGGCCCGAGACCUCUGGGAGGUUGUUGAAAUGGGCCAUCGAGUUAAGUGAGUUUGAUAUCAAAUUCAGGCCAAGGACAACUAUUAAGGCACAGGCUCUAGCAGACUUCAUCGUCGAGCUCACCACCCCGCCCGAACACCCACCAGGGGAACAUGCAGAUUGGAAAAUUUUUGUCGAUGGAUCUUCAAACGACGAAGGAUCUGGGGCGGGGAUCAUAAUGAUAGGUCCGAAUGAGGAAGAGUUGGAAUACUCGCUGCAUUUUGAAUUCCCUGCUACAAAUAACGAGGCCGAGUACGAAGCAGUAAUCACGGGUUUGGGAUUGGCAGCCAGACUCGGGGUAACCUCAGUGGAAAUUUGCAGCGACUCUCAGUUGAUAAUCGGGCAAGUGACGAGGGAAUUCGAAACAAAGGACGGAAAGAUGGCUACAUAUUUAAUGGAGGUCAAAAACUUGCAGAAGGGGUUCACCAAGUUUAAGAUAACUAAGGUCCUCCGAAAGGACAAUGAGCAAGCGGACGCACUGGCUAAGCUCAUAUCAGCCAACCCCAGACGACUGCCUCGCAUAGCUAGUGUGCAAAUUCUGCGACAAUCUAGCGUCCAACACGUAAUCGAUGUUAUGAAUGUAGAGAAUGAGGAAAGUUGGAUAGACCCGCUGUUUGAAUAUCUCACAAAGAAUAAAUUGCCGAAGGAUGCUCUCACAGCAAGAAGGCUAAAAGUUCGGGUAGCCUCAUUUGCCAUCAUCGAUGGGCUACUCUACAAGCGAGGUUUCACAAUGCCAUAUUUAAAGUGUUUGCGACCGACAGAAACACAAGAGGUGCUAGUCGAAGUACAUGAGAAAAUUUGUGGCAACCACCAAGGGGCGACUACCCUUGCGUUCAAGACGCUUCGACAAGGAUAUUAUUGGCCUAGUAUGAAGGAAGAUGCUAGAGAGUUGGUGAGAAAAUGCGAUGCAUGCCAACGCCAUGGAAAUCUGAUCCACAUUCCAGCCGAGCAACAGACGGUAGUUUUCGGGGUGUGUCCCUUCUUCCAAUGGGUGAUGGACAUCUUGGGACCUUUGCCCCUGUCUAAAGGACAAAGGAAGUUCUUGUUAGUUGCCGUAGACUAUUUUACUAAGUGGGUGGAAGCUGAGCCCUUGGCCACCAUCACGACUACAAAGAUACAGGGAUUCGUUUGGAAAAAUAUCAUAUGCAGGUUUGGUAUACCUCGGGUAAUCAUUACAGAUAAUGGAAAACAAUUCGAUAAUCACAGUUUUAGAGCCUUCUGCACAAGUUACCACAUCGACCACAGGCUGACUUUAGUUGCUCACCCAAAGGCAAAUGGACAGGCUAAAGUGACCAACCGAACCAUACUAUGGGAUUUGAAGACACGGUUGGAAAAAGAAAAAAGGACUUUGGGCUGA